UGAACGACAGACAAAGAAAAAUUUUGAUAAUGUUCACACCAUUAAAGCCCACAGAAGCAGAUUUUAUUGACGUGACUGUUUUAAGUACUCCUCAGCCACAAGCAACUUCAACUGUACAAAGAAAAAACACAUUGGAAAACAAUGUUCUUAAUAGGGAUAUUGAAGAGGCUAUUUGUAAACAAUUUGUUAAAGACAAAAAUGAUAUUACGCGGAAGUCUACUGAGUCAUCUCUUGGAAUACUGGACAGUAUAUCUUCCUUUUUAGCUGAAGUAAGUGGAAUAGAUGAAGUAGAGAAACAAAGUGAGAAUAAAUUGGACAUAGAAUGUGCUAGAAAGCUACUUCAAAGAUGUAGUGAUAUAAAAAGUGCAUCUAUUACAUAUGAUACAAACAAAGAAAAUAAUACAAAUAUUCAAAAUUUAUCUAGUAAUAUCAUUCCUUCAACAUUAAUUGAUUAUGGUCAAUCCGUAUGUUCCAAUCAAAUUAGUCUUCAGAAUGAAAAUAUUUCACAUUCAGUUAAGGAUAAAGCAAAUAGUGUUGUUUUUGAGCCAAAAGAGAUCAGUGCACGUUCAUCCGGAUUAAGUAGAAAUUCGGAAAAUAAUUUAUCAUCAUCAGCUUCAAGUAAAAGUUUGAAUCAAAUAACAUUUGAUUCAACAACUGCUGAAUUGAUGGCUCAAUUUAAUAAUGAAGAUUUUCGUCCAGCUUCUGAAAUGGUCAAUCAAAUGUUAGCUGAUGAAGUAUCUUGGCAACAAAAUUAUUCCUAUGCUCUUCCCACAACAGCUUCUUCUGAAAAAGAAUACUUAAACUUAUCCUGUUUUUCUGGCAUCAUGGGUGAACUAGAUUUAUCAGUAGAAUCCUGCGCUGGACAUAAGGUAUCUGUGAGUGAAUUUUUUAGAAGAAAAUGUGGAAAUUUUGGAGAAUUAUCGGAUACUGGGUUAGAAAGGCCAAGUUUGGGUCUAUCAGUAAACAGUCCAAAAAAGAAAGAUCAUCUUAUGCCUCUAGUUGAUUCAACUUGCUCUUCUGUAACAGAAGAUUCCUCAAUUGGAUCUAAUAUCGCAAAAGAUAAAACUCAAAAUAUUCCAAAUAUAACAAGAGAUGUGGAAGAGCAAAGUAUUAUGAGUUUGACCAGUAUCGCUCAAGCACUACAGGAUAUCGAUAGUGGCACGCCACGAAGAUUAGUGGAUCAACUCAUCAUGGCAAAGAAAAAGAAAAAAUCCACGCAAGUGCAAGAGAAGAGUGUAGCUAGAGAUACUUACACAUUAUCGCCUUCAAGUAGAAAAUCCAUGCCUGCUACUUCAAAUAGAAAUAUAGAUAAUUUCGGAAAAGAUGUGGGAUUACUAAAUCUUUCUUCAAAAUUAUCUUUAGAUAGUAAAACCAUCAAUGAAACUGUAGAUAUUAAACAUUCUAUUCCAAGAAUGCUUUCAUUUGACUCUAACUCAGGUACAAAAAUAAACUAUGAGGCGAUUUCUCAGGAACUUAAGAGAGAGUUAAGUAGUGGAAACUUACCAUCCUUAUACAGUCAAGAGCUUAAGUCAUUGUUGGUAGACUCUACAUUAACUCCUCCAAAUUAUGCAGAAAACAAAAUAUCACCUUAUACUUCGAAAAUUAACGCAAUGAUUAGUCAUGAGGAUAAGUCUACCGGUCUUGAAGAAGAAGAAAUAGGAAAAAAAGAAAAUAUAAAAAAGGAAAAUGUUUCGUGUAAAGAUAGAUCAGAAAUUCAAAAUAUUUCAAAUUUACAAGAAUCUUAUGUUAAUAACGUCGUGAUUGGUAAAAGUACAGAAGAAUUGUGCAGUUGUAUUGUUGCUAUACCUAGAGAAAUUGAUAUCGAACUCUUAAAUAAAAGUGAUAGAUGGGUCAUUUGUGCAUUAAGCGUAAAUCAAAUUCAAGGAGAUAAGCAUAAUGUCCGACUUACACUGCCGAAAGAUGUUAUUCUUAUUAAACCAAAUGCAGAACAACAUGUUAAGAUUACCGUAAUAGUGGUGAAAAUGUGUAAACCAAUUAUUGCAGUUUUAAACAUAACAGUAUCAGAUAUGGUAACAAGAAUUGAAUGGAUUAUGAAACAUAUUAUAUGUCUCAAACCCGAAGAAGUUGAUAUAAACGUGUCAAACUCUUCUCAAAAAAAAGAAUUAGAUUUUCAGUAUAUUGCUGAAAAUAGCAUAGCAGUCUUACCUAUUACAAUAAAAAAUAAAAAUAAUGUCGAUGUACCCAUCAAAAUUUCUAUACUACAGAAUGAACCAGCAAUAUUUAGCUUAGAAAAUCCAGAAGAAUCACAACACAUUACUCUUAAAUCUCAAGAAGUACGCACUACAAAUGUUCGAUGCAAGGCUGUUGCGCAAAAAAAUACUGAGACGCAACAACGAUCCUUACAACAUUACGCUGGCACUUUAAUAAUUCAAAACGAAAGUACUCCAGAGAACAGUAUAAUAAUCCAAGAAAUUCCUCUUAUUGUACAAGUAGGAAUUUAUAAGAUACAAGCUAUUGAUACAGACUUACCUUUGGUUGUUCCUAACAAACAAAGCAAGCCCUUGACCGUGAUUAAUCUUGGGACGAUACCGACGCUAAUAACAGCUUUAUUUAUCCAAGAAAUUGAAUUAACAAAAAAUUCAAAAUAUUUCUCAGUUGAACCAGAAAAUUUACUUGUGCAACCUAGGGAAACUGGGUGCUUCUUUAUUACAUACAAGCAACAAACAUCAGGCACUCCUAAAAUGUAUGCAAAAAUUAAAUUAACUGCUGGUGGCGAUGAUCAUUACUAUUCUGUAAUCGGAGAAUCAAACACAUAUACAGAGGCAGAAAAUGAAAAUGUUCGAUGUGAAACACCUCAGUAUUUACCACCUGUUAGUUCUCCAUCGUCUCCGCAUAGCGUGGUUUUAAACAAGUCGGGCGUAUCUGGCAGAAAUUCGCCUCUUAGUUCAGUAUCUGGUUCAACUGUUACUGGCGAUAAAAUUCCUAUCAGAACAACUCACGCUGCUCUGAUAUGGAAUAGCGUGAAAACAGGAAAGUCAGAAAUUAGGGAAUUCACUAUUCGUAAUACAAGUAACAACAAAAUAAGGAUACAAGCUAUUAUAUCGGACAGUGAAAAAAAUUUUCGAUUUCUUCGAGAACGACAGCCCGUGGGUAUUAUUGUAUUAGCUCUUGGAGGUUUGGAAAGUAGGAUGCUGUCCGUUCUAUUUAGUCCUCAUCAUAUAGGCGCAGCGGCUGGAAAAAUAAUAUUCAGACACUAUGAGCCAAAAAGAGAAGAGUCUGAAUCUGGAUCUUCGAAAGUGCUAUUUCUAUAUGGUUAUGGGGGUUAUAGCAAAGUUGAAAUUUCAGAAGCAUUUAAAGACACAAGCGGAAAAAUGUGGUUAUCCCUUGGUAUUUUAAGGUGCGGAAGAACUCCACGUGCAAAGAUCAAAUUACAAAAUAUUGGAGAUCUAUGUUCCUAUGUUAAAAUCAAAUUAAUACCCAAAGCUGUGUAUCCUACUAUGGCAUCGAGUUGGCAAGUAAAUCCAACUGAAUUGUUGCUAAAUUCGAAAGAAGUUCAAUGGGUGACUUUGGAAUUCGAACCGCGAAAGGAAGAUCUAGCUUUACUGCAACGAUCUAAUGUCUCACAUGUUGGAACCCUAUUAAUUACCCAUGGAGAUGAACCUACGCGCUGGCGAAUUCGUAGAUUAUAUAAUAAAAUGAAAGAAACAGGCGAAUUGAGUGGAAAUGAAAAUGAAACUUUUAGGAAUAUUAUUCAACCAUUAUGUAAAACUUUUUCUGGAGAACAAUUAAUAUCGGAUAUAAAUGCUGUACGAGAUUCAGUGCAAAAUCUUGGGGACCUUUGUCAAGGGAUUCAUCAACAUGAAAUAAUGUUAACGGUGGAAGUGUGCGCCGAUGAAACUAUGUCCGUUCUUCACGAUAAUGCCGACGAAUCACAAAUGUUUUAUUCUCUUUGUAGUGACAAUAGUCAUAUAUAUGAAGGAAAUGGUGAAAGUUUCCUACCCUCAGAGACUUUUGUAGCAAAUAGUACAUUUCAAAACGGCAUGAAUGCAGACGAUUUUAUGAUUAGCCCAUCUGUUGUAAUUUUAACUCCACCGACUAGAUCAGAAGCAGUUGUAACAAUAAGAAGUCCUUGUACUGUGGCAGAACCGUUCGAAACUUUUUUAUCAAAUACGGAGUAUUUAAGAGUCGUUCCUGCGGAAGGAAUGAUACCUACUAGAAGAGAUUUUCAACUAAAAAUACAGUGUAAACGAAAAAUCGAACGGAAUCUCAACGCGGUUCUUGAAAUUUAUACCGAGAACAAAAAGUUUGAUGUACAAAUAAAAGUAACAGUUAAGUAAUUGUAAAUUGAAA